AUGCACUUUACAACAAACUUUUUGGUCAUAACUCUAGCUUUUGUCGCUGUUUUUAGUCAGGCAGGAAGGUCUCACAAAGCCUACAGAGCAAAGUGGCCUCCAACUGUGAAUAUUGGUGAUGGAUUAACUCACCAAGCUAUUCCUGAUGUUGAUGGAGGAUUUGUUCAGUCAUAUCGUUUCAAUGGAAUAAGAUAUGGUACACCGAAUGGAAGGUUUUCUUUGGCCCUUCCUACUUGGUCCUCUAAAAACAAGCGUUCCAAACACAAGGAGCGUCCUAUGUCAAUCGGAUCAGGGCCAGGAUUUUCAAAGUGUCCUCAGGCCACACCAAAUUGGAUUUUGGAUAAUGAAGCCUUUUUGAGGGCAUUUAUCGCGAAUCAGUCAACAGAAGGUUAUAGUUUUAGAAACGGCUCGCAAAACCUUAGUCUACCCAUUCAAAUACCCGAAGAUGAGACUGAGGAUUGUCUAUUUUUGGAUGUUAUUGUCCCUAAAAGGAUAUGGGAUACCACUAAGGCUCAUCCUGAGAAGGGGUUCGCCCCCGUCAUUGUGUAUAUACAUGGCGGCGGGUUUACCUCGGGCGAUAAAGGUUCACACCAAGACAUGAAUUCAUUAUUGGCCGACAGUGUUAAAGUCAAUAGUCAAGGCGCCAUACUGGUACUCAUAAAUUACCGCCUUGGCAUUUUUGGAUUCCUUUCGGGUGACCCCAGCAUCAUGUCAAAUGCUGGCUUAAUAGAUCAAAGGAUGGCUCUCAGCUGGAUUCAAAAGAACAUCCAGAAGUUUGGUGGGGACAGAUUUCGCGUCACCGUUAUGGGAGAAGAGGCUGGUGCUGCAUCGAUUCUACAUCAUAUCACAGCUCCGACCCUUUCUAAGAAGAUUCUUCCCCAGGUACUGCACCGAUUUGAUCACUCUCCCCAAGAUCCUUUCAGAUCAGCGAUAAUUCAGAGUCCAGCUUUUCAACCGUUGGUUGAGUCUCAAGCUAUAGCUACUCUAAAUACAGUCUUGAAGAUGGCUCGCACUAUUACGGGAAAACCAGUCAAAAACGUAAGUGAUUUGCGUGCACUUUCGUAUAAGACUCUUUACACCAUCAAUGCGGCUAUAGUCUAUGCCUCGCCUCUUGGCUCUUACACUUUUGGUCCUACCAUUGAUUAUAGUAGCAAUUCAUAUGUACCUGACUUCCCCCUUCGCCGUCUCGACAGCGGAGAAUUUAACAAAGGGGUCAGCAUCCUUGUUGGCCAUGGUAUAAACGAAGGUCUCUUUUAUACAUCACACACGAGUGGCACCAUCAAAGGCUUCCAGACUCAUUUGGCCAACAUGUUUCCUACACUAUCGGAGCGUGAUUUGAUAUACAUCACCAACACAAUAUACAAUCGUCCGAUUAGUGUGGAUAAUUCACAUGAAAGCAUCGCUGGUGCUGCCGAAGUGAUGGGCGAAAUCUUCGUUGAUUGUAACGUCUACUAUCUUAUGGAAAAGAUUGAAAAUUCGUACGGCUACUACUUCAAGACUUCGCCCGCUAUUCAAGGACCAUUGCUAGCGGAUAUAAUUUUUGGCAACCCCACAUCUUUAAAUGCUAUUGGUGAUCACGUGGCCAAUAAAUUCCGGAGAAAAUUAUUGCAGUUUGCUAUGUUAGCGGAAGAGGGAGCUCAGGCUGCUACUCUCAGAGAAUAUGACAGUAGUGGCUCGGUCUUGCUGGUUUCCAAUGCUGGCUUUGAAGGAUACAUUGAUGAUCCCUCUAAGACUGAAAGGCAGUGUCACUACUGGGCCGAAGCAUCCUACGAGACAGGGUCUUAA